GGAUAAAAUUAAUCAUCAUUUCAAACGAUUCGCAUCCAAAUUGCCCGAUGCUGUUGAUACUACGGUAACAUCGUUAGAACAAUUUCUCCGAGCUAAUAAUCAAUUUAUUAAAACACAUGUAGCUGCUGCUGGUAGCACAACAGCGACCACGUUUUCCAUUGGUGAUACAUUGUCGUUUUAUUCAAUGUCGUAUGCAUUCAAAGAAUUAGUUGAAGCAUCAACAAAUUUGGCUAAAGCGACAAGACGAAUUAAGCACAUUUACAAUCGAACGUUAACACAAAAUUACACUGUCUAA